AUGCUCACCACGCUGCAAGCCGAAAUACAGGUCAUGUACGAUCUCGACCACAAUCACGACUCGCGGUCCUCACGAGACCGCAGUGUGCAAAUGAUUGUAAAGUACCUCAUCCAACGCGGCUUCGAUGACGUCCGCAACAACAUCAAGAAUGCCCUCGCCCUCCUCGCCUGGUCCGAGCAAGAGAACGUCAAAUGGCGACAAGGCUACCUAGAAAGCUUCGUCCACCUCGCAGGCGUCAUGUCCCCCCAGAUGGAAGAGCUCGCCGACUUCAAACGCCUGUCCAUGGUAACACGUCGCAACCUCGCCAUUGCAGCAAAGUCCCUCCAAGUGCGCAUCAUGGAAACGGAGCAAAAGCUCUCUUCCUUCGAUUUCAGUGAGUUCUGGGUCGAUGACGUGAAUAUCAAAGGAGCUGGAAGUGCCGUCCAUCAGAGCUACACUGCCUUCCGCCACUUGCUAAUCGGCUACGUCACUCGCACGUACGGGAACUGGCCGCCCACACCAUCCCAAACCUGGCUGAACCGCAAACUGCUGCUCGCCCUGCAGCAAGAUUUUGGCGGCCUGUACGAUUACCUCGUGGACCGCGACAUCAUCUGGGAUUCCGCCGAAGAGCGACCGGGCAGGAAAUGGGAGAUGGUGAAUCCGAGGAAUACGGAAUUCAGAGCUGAUUCGGACCACCUGAGUCUGACAGAUUUGCUGGUUCAAUUUGAUAAUCGGCAUGCCUACUUGCAUAUCCCGCAUCCCUAUCCGUUGUUGCCGAAGGAGAUACCGGCGAUGGGUGGGAAGGGGAUAGAGAGAAAGAAGGGGCUCUUUGGGGGUUUGAAGAAGCAGAAGGUGGAUAAGAAUGGUGGUGGGGAGGCGGACGUGAAGGCGCAGUUGCAGCUGAGUAUCAUGUUCGGGGAUGCGACGAAUGUGCAGAAGGCGGAUGUGGAGUUCAACGCAGGAAACACCCUCAUUGACUCCUUCGAGCGUUUCGAACUCUCCUCCUCUACCGCGGCACCAUCCAUCUCACCCCGCGACGCCCGCCUGGGCCGCUGGAUCCUCCUCUACGGCAUCCUCCAGGUCCUGUCCACGCUCUCCGUCGACGUGCGAGAUCUGAAAUGGACGCAGGGCGUCAAUUACUUUCUCUGCGCGGACCUGAAGAGAUGUCCUGAAUGGGUGGUCGGGGCGGACGGCCAGAAGCACAUGGAGGCGGUGGAGGCGAGUCAGCUCCGGAGU